AAGUGACACGUUGAAACAUUUCACAAACCCAGAGAGUGUCCUGAGGACUUACAGACAUUUUGAUCGAGUUCAUUCUCAAAGUGUUGACCCAAAAGUGGCAGUUAUGUUGAAUGAAACAGUGUCAUAUUUUCUCUAUCUAUAUAGUUUGCUGAAUCAGGCCAUCGUUCCCUGCUCACUCCCCGAGCUGCUGCCUGUGAACACUGUCAACCGUCAGCAGUAUCUGGGGAAAUGGUACUUUGUGGCAGCAGUCAGUCAUAGAGAGGCCGACAUCCAGAAUUUUAAAGCACUGGACAACCUUUGGUUCACAAUGGAGGAGACAGCCAAUGACACACUGCUGCUGACCGGACAUGUGCGCAUGGGAGAUAACUGCCUAAAUCAGACCUGGACCUAUCAUCUACAUCCUGAACAGGAUGAUUUGGAACUGGAGGGGAGGCCACAGCGGAAGAACCUGCUCAGGAGUGGCAAGUGGGCAAACUGUGCCGACUGCAUCAUUUUCCAGGAGGUGGAGCCACCUCUAAAAAAAACAGAUGCUGAGGACUCCCUCAGCAGAUUCAUGCUUUACGCUCGGCAGAGUGAUGUGGAGUCCAAGGUGGUGAAGACAUUUCUGGGAAAUUCCGCUUGUAAUAACAUGUCGGCGAGUGUCAGACCACCUCAAGUGAAAGAGUUCUGCACCUAAAUAUUAACACUGAGGAUGUCGCUUUGGCCUUGGGCACCCAGGAUAUUGAUACAUUUAUUUUUUGCAAAAUAAAUGUAAUAAAGAAAGAAAGAAAAAAAUGGCA